UCACGUAGUCUCAGGCCAUCAUUGCAGUGGCGUCGCCGACAUCGCAAGCAUUUUUUCGAUGUGUGCACGCGUCGCGAACCCUCGUGCCUUUUCCGCUUAGACAUCCGAGAUGGCUCGUGGUCCAAAGAAGCAUCUCAAGCGUCUUAACGCUCCAAAAGCAUGGAUGUUGGAUAAACUCGGGGGUGUGUAUGCCCCCCGACCAUCCACUGGUCCACAUAAACUCAGGGAAUCGCUCCCUUUGGUUAUCUUUCUUCGUAAUAGGUUGAAGUAUGCUUUGACUAAUUGCGAGGUUACUAAGAUCGUAAUGCAGCGCUUGAUCAAGGUUGACGGAAAAAUUCGCACUGAUCCUAAUUAUCCAGCUGGUUUUAUGGAUGUAAUUACAAUCGAGAAAACUGGUGAAUUUUUCCGCUUGAUCUACGACGUUAAGGGACGUUUUACUACCCAUCGUAUUACUGCUGAGGAGGCCAAAUACAAGUUGUGCAAAGUGAAGCGCGUCCAGACUGGUCCUAAAGGAAUACCGUUUUUAGUUACACAUGACGGUAGAACAAUUCGAUAUCCUGAUCCUGUUAUUAAAGUUAACGACACUAUUCAUCUGGAUAUUGCCACUAGCAAGAUUUUGGAUUCCAUCCGAUUUGAUUCUGGUAACUUGUGCAUGAUUACUGGAGGAAGGAAUUUGGGACGUGUUGGUACUGUCGUGAGUCGUGAGCGUCAUCCCGGUUCAUUUGAUAUUUGUCAUAUAAAGGAUGCUCAAGGACAUACCUUCGCUACAAGGUUGAACAAUGUCUUCAUCAUUGGUAAAGGCACGAAGGCGUAUGUGAGUUUGCCAAGAGACAAGGGUGUGAAGCUGUCGAUCGCUGAGGAACGCGACAAGCGAUUAGCGGCGAAGGGAGUGAACUAAUAAUGUACAUUUUCAAGAAAACAUCCAAUAAACCGAGAUUGCUUGGGACGUGUUA